GCCGAGCCCCGCCCCCCGCUUCCCGCCCCUGCCCCCUGGUGUCCUGCGCCUGGACCCUCGGAGCCGUCGGGCAGCCGAGGCAUGGCCGGGGUGCGGAGGAUCAGCCUCUCCGAGGCCUUGGACUUGGGGCCCAGUUGGCGCCACGCGUGCCACGCGAUGCUCUACGCGCCGGACCCGGGGCGCCUGUUCGGCCGGAUCCCGCUGCGCUACGCGGUGCUGAUGCAGAUGCGUUUUGACGGGCGGCUCGGUUUUCCGGGCGGCUUCGUGGAUCCCCAGGAUGGCAGCCUGGAGGCGGGCCUGAACCGGGAGCUAUUGGAGGAGCUGGGCGAGGGGGCGGCCGCCUUCAGCCUGGGCCCGGGAGACUACCGGAGCUCCCACGCCACGGUCACCCCUCAGCCCCGCGUCGUGGCCCACUUCUACGUCAAGCAGCUGACCCUGGACCAAGUGCUGGCGCUGGAAGCAGGUGCCCCCCGUGCCAAGGACCACGGACUGGAGGUGCUGGGCCUCGUGAGGGUGCCUCUGUAUACUCUUCGGGACGGGGUCGGAGGUCUCCCUGCCUUCUUGGAGAACUCUUUCAUAGGUGCUGCCCGAGACCAGCUGAUGGAAGCCCUGCAAAGCCUGGGGCUCCUGGAGCCUGGGCAGCUGCCCCCUGCCCGCCACUAGGGGGCCUCUGGGGGUCGUCCUGGAGCGGUGCUGACAGUGGGCUGGGGGAGGGGAGGGGAGGGAAGGU